AUGAUGGAGAUCGGAUCACUUAAAGUUCUCUAUACAUGUAUAUUGCUAAUACUUGUAUUGAAUUAUUCCAGCUCCGUAAUCGGAGGAACAAUCAAGGUGAGCGUAUCUCAUAAAUAUUGGAGAUUACUAGCCGAUUCAAAACCGAGACCAAAUGAGAAUAUCAAACUCAUUUUUGUCAUCAAAAAUAAUGAUACACAAGUUUCAAAUUUAGAACAAAAGUUUAAACAAGUGAGCGAUCCAGUGCAUGCGGACUAUGGUAACUUUUUGACCUAUGAUGAAAUACAUCAACAAUUGCUCAGUGAAACAACAAAAAAUGGUAAAAUCGUGGAAACUUGGUUAAAGAAACAUAAUAUGUCCCAUAUCACAUCCACUGCUCAUAAAGAGUUUCUGAUUGUCCAGUCAUCGGUGCGUCUUAUUGAACAAUUGUUACAAACAACGUUUCUCACUUAUCAGCAUCGUACCAAGCAACAAUUAACAUUCAGAGCCAAACAAUUCAACUUACCGAGCACUGUUUAUGACAAGAUCGAUUAUAUUGACCAAUCAAGUGAACUUCUAACAGUAUCAGGUUCAAAGAUACCAGCAUCAAGUGAGAGCCCAUCUAAGCAUCCACUAGCUGUUGACAGCCCAUCAAAUGCUCCUAAUUUACUGUUUCUUGAUAGAAGUGGAAAACGCAUUGAGUUUUUUAUCCAAUUAAUCUGCUCAAAUGGUGAAAACGCAUCUGAUACCGUAUGUCCAGAAUUUCGAGGCUAUGAGAUUACUCUAAUAGUUCUUUCAGCGACGACACAGCAAACUGUAUCUUUAGCGGAGGCCAAUUGCCAAGUGUGUUAUGAAGCUGGGGCCAGUAUUUUUGAUGCAUGUUUCAACUAUAACUUGAAUGAUGAUAGUGUGUUAUGUCGCUUUUAUAUCAGCAAUAUUAAUAUUCAAAAAUAUCAACAGAUUACAGUUUAUGUUCAAUCAAAAUUUGUAAUGGAUGGUGAAACAACUUAUUCUCUUCCAGCCAGCCAACCAUUUGAACAAGUACCUCACGUUACACCGUCACUUUUGGCAUCAUUAUAUAAGGUCAAUAUGAGUAUAAUUAAACAGAAACGUCUUGCAAAGAGUAGGCAAGCCGUUGUUGGAUUUGGACAAUAUUAUAAUUUGAAAUCGUACAAAGCAUUUUCACAAAGUUAUGGAAAAAACUUUAAUAUAAGAAUUGGUAAAGUAUAUGGAGAAGAUUAUACGAACAAAUCGUACGAUGAAGGUGAAACAACGCUGGAUAUGGAAUAUAUGGCAGCAAUGGGUGCCGGUAUUGUAACCGAUUACAUUUCGUCAAAAAAUGACGAAGUUUCAUUUACACCGUUUUUUACUAAAUUAGCGCUUUUAGAGUCGGAUAAGCGUAAUAUUGUUCCAUUAGUUUAUUCUAUAAGUUAUGGUCUAGAUUCAAAGGAAGCAGGAUUAAAAAUCGUUCGUAUGAAUGAUAUACAAUUUAUGAAACUGGGCGUCUCGGGAAAGACGGUUUUCGUUAGUGCAGGCGACGAUGGAGUAUCAAGCUCGAAAGGUUGUACAAAACGUUUUAUAGCAGUGUAUCCGGCUUCUUCACCUUAUAUCACAAGUGUUGGUGCUACACAACUGAUUCUCGGUGAUAAGAGCAAUUGUCGAUAUAUACCACAAGAGCGUAGUAAAUGUCUUGAAGAAAUUGUUGCUUAUACAAACGACUUAACAGAAUGUAGCAUAACAUCCGGUGGUGGAUUUUCGAUCUAUCAUACGAGGCCAACCUGGCAAAAGGCAAUGGUUCAAAAUUAUUUGAGUACUGCUAAGAAGCGUCUACCACCACUAACAUACUUUAAGAAAAACAAUCGAGCAUAUCCAGAUAUUACUCUACUUGGACAUGAUUACUCAACGAAAGAGAAGGGUGGCAAAGAUAACGCGUUUGAAGACGGUACAUCAGCCAGUUCUCCGGCAACUGCUGGUUUAUUCAGUUUAAUUAAUGAUCAGAGAUUGAAACUUGGUCUGAAACCGCUAGGAUUUGUAAAUCCUUUACUUUAUCAAUUAGCAAAAACAAAUCCAGAGGCAUUCUACGAUAUUGUUAAAGGUAAAAACAACUGUAAUACCCAGUCAGUAUGUUGUCCCUAUGGUUUUGAAGCACAAAAAGGAUACGAUCCGGUCACUGGUAUUGGGUCAAUCAAUCAUGAACUGCUGAUGAAAUUACUCACGGAAAAAUGA